CUUUUUUCACACAAACAGGGGGAAAAGAUAGCGUGAAAGCAAAAUGUCAAUUGGUAUCUUUUGUCAUUCAACUACUGUACGUGACACAGAGAGGGGAAGUCGACCAAUGGCCCUGAAUUAAAACAAUCAUAUACAAACCUAGUCUUCAGACUGGCAUUUGCUUUUUAUUGUGCGACAGUGUAUUUUUGAAUGUUACCUUCUAAUUCUUUAUUUCUUACAAUAUACUCCAACCAAAAUUGUCUAUAAGGAUAUUUUUCCCCCCGGCAGUAAUUUGUUAUGUAGUUGUUUUUUUUGAUGAUUUGGUGAAAACAUAGGAUGGAGCAACCCCUUUGUCGGUUACAUAAGGAGAUCAAUGAUUAAAUGAUUGGGUUUGGACUGAGUGGAAGCUUUUGGAGAUAGUUGGCGAUAACACCCACGAAAAAGGCAGAUUAGCAGGUUGUAGGUUGAGCACAAGUUUCUGCUCUGUUAUGACAAAUAUGUCUGGCGGGGACGUCCCCAGCUCUUAUUCCAGUUUGCUCUGAGGGAACAUGUUGGUGAUCGCUUUCUCACAUCGGUGUCCCACACACAAGAAAUCCGAGACCCGUCUGAGGGGCGGCAGCUGAUUUUCUGUGAGGAUAGAUUUUGGCCUCGGGUGUAAAGGUUAAGGAACCCGUCUGUACUGUCCCACAGGCAAACAAAUUCGCCAGCCUUGAGUAAAGUCCAAUGGGGACCACGGCAGCAACAACACCCCAGAGUCAGUGCAUCAUCCUUAGGCAGAGGACCGGGCUGCGAUAUCAUGGAUCUCCUCCACAGCUGGGGGGUCGAGCUGGCGGUCCAUCUGCAGACCGGGUACAGCCGGUACGGGGGCCUGUUCAGCGUGGCAUCGACGGUGGCCGAUCUGCACACCACCUUCUUCUGGCUGUUCCCGGUCUGGUUCCACCUGCGGAGGCACGCGGCGCUCAGGCUCGUCUGGGUGGCUGUCGUCGGCGACUGGCUCAACUUGGUCCUGAAAUGGAUUCUUUUCGGGGAGAGACCCUACUGGUGGGUUCACGAGACCCGGUUCUACGGAGCAGGUCCGGUCCCCUCUCUGCAGCAGUUCCCCAUCACGUGUGAGACUGGACCAGGAAGUCCUUCAGGUCAUGCUAUGGGUGCAGCGGGUGUCUGGUAUGUGAUGGUAACAGCGCUACUCUCCGUUGCAACAGAGAAGCGAUGCCCCCCUUUGCUAUACAAGUUCUUGCAGAUAGGCCUGUGGAUGGUGAUGGGCCUGGUGGCGCUGGUGGUCUGCAUGUCGAGGGUCUACAUGGCGGCGCACUUCCCUCACCAGGUCAUUGCUGGAGUCAUCACAGGUGUGCUAGUAGCUGAGGUCGUCUCCAAGGAGAUAUGGAUCUACAGCGCCAGCAUGAAGAGGUACCUCUUCACAACCCUCUUCUUGACCUCCUUCGCCGCGGGCUUCUACCUCCUGCUCAAAGCGGCGGGCGUGGACCUGCUGUGGACCCUGGACAAGGCCCAGAGGUGGUGCGUCAGGCCCGAGUGGGUCCACCUGGACAGCACGCCCUUCGCCAGCCUCCUGCGGAACAUGGGCACGCUGUUCGGCCUGGGCCUGGGCCUGCACUCGCCGCUCCACACGGGGACCGAGGGGAAGGACACAAGUGGCGCUUUCAAGACGGUUUGUAUCAUUGUCUCUUUGUUCCUGCUUCAGCUGUUGGACGGAUGGACAUUUUCCACCGAAAACCAUACGACUUUCUACUUCCUGUCUUUCGGAAAGAGUGCGGUUGCACUUUUGAUCCCGACCUCUCUGGUGCCUUGGGCCCUCAGCGGGAUUUGCAGGGCAAAGAAAGACGCCAAGAACUUGUAAUUGUUGUCAAGCUUGUAGCUUAAAGUCCAUUUUUUUUGUUUAAUUUUCUGUAGGAUUUUUUUCUCUCUCGUAUGUUAAUGACACUAGGAUAUUCAUUUUGGACAGUGUCGCUGAAGUUGCAGACCUUGAUAACAGUUCGUACUAUAGAUUUUUUUUUAUUCACUUUCUUGCCUAAUGAGAGGAUGGAUGCCACUGCAAUGUCUUUAUGCCAAAUAUAAAGCUAAAAACAGCA